UUCUCCAUUAGUUUUCUUAGUUUUUUGGUUAAUCUCUUUAGUUUGGAAUAUGUUUUUGAGGGUUUUUCGCGGUUCGGGCGCCUCCAAAAUUGUGUGUUUAGCGCGGGGUGGUGGCGUCUGUUAUCCAACCACCUCCCAAUCGCUCCACCCCGCCGCACUGCAACAACCACUGCAACGCGGGGUGUGCCACAUGUCGCGGAGGCGACUCCGUUGGAAGCUCAGCAUGAUGCAGUUGCUCAGUGGCCUGCGGCAUCGUUACUGCCUGUGGCGCCUCCGUAGCCUCCUGGGAGUUUCCUUCGACGAGGGCGGCUUUCAGGAGGGCACUCGCCAGGCGGCGGCCACCAUGAUUGAGGCAGUGCGUCAGGCGGACUGGCCCUGCAUCCGGAGUUGCUGCACGGAGCGCGGAUCGGCGGAUAUAUACGGAUUGUCGCAGGUGCGCAGUUCCUACGCCAGUUUGGUGCGAUUCCAGAGGGAGCACCUGCGUCAUGCCCUUCCCGUGAGAGUGGUUCGUCGGUGGAUCGAUGGACGUUGCUAUGUCCUGGUGGAUAUGCUAUUUGUCGGCCUGCGCAAUCUCCUGGAUCUUGGAACGACGCAGGAGAAGGAGGAAAUGAUCCAGCGGAUUCAGGGUGCCCUAACUGAUUCGCAGAUCGACGAUCAGUUCGAUCCGAACAACUGUCGACUGGCCAUCGCCGAAUUGGUGCUCACCUUCUGCAAAGAACUGGGUGAAUCCUCCGGAUUGGAGGAUCCUCUGGAUUCCGAUUCAGAUAUUAAAAACGAGGAGCCGGAGAAUGGCUGGCUAGUGGAUUCGUACAAAGUGCACCGCUUCAAACUGAUAAGCUUUAGUCCAAAAACUCUGAGCUUUCGGGUUAUAGAAUUUCUGAAACCGGUUUAGUAAUGUCUACGCUUUUUAAGGUGUUUUUAUUAAGGCACUCGAAGAAGCAAUUGCAGUCACGUGCCGGUCGAUGGUUCAACGAUCUCUAAAACCGAAUUUGCAUUAUUUACAACCGACUUUGCCAGCGAUCACUCUCCGGCGAUCAUCGCGCGACUCGGGUCUGAAGUGAACUGAUCGGUUUCGAGGGCAACCCGACUUAUUUAUGGCUCUACUUCGAGUGGUGUGUUUUGUAGUCAGCUAUCACUGUGAUUUUAGUAGCGAUUUCUUCAGUAUCUCAUUAAAUGUGUACUUU